UUAUGUCACUGCUUAGUUAAUUAGUUAAGAACAAAAUGGAUUGGAAAAAAAUUGUACGAAGUGAAUACAUCACGCUUAGAUCGGCGAAGAGAUAUCAACGUAGUGACAAAAUUAAACAAGCUUUCAUAAAUAACAGAGUAAAAUUGAACGAAAGAAUUUCAAAAUUGGAACAAACAAAUGAAAAGUACAAAGUACAACAACCAGAUUCAGAACCGGUUUUUACAAAUAGACCAUUCCUUCGAUGCUGUACAGUGAAAAGUAGUGUUCAUGCUUUCCGUGAUCAGUCUGUUCCUUUAUGUACACUGCAAGCUGUGCCAAGUCUUCCUGUUUAUUAUACAUGGGUCCCAGUUCAACAGGAUUUCAUGGUUGAAGAUGAAACAAUCCUACAUAACAUUCCAUAUAUGGGGGAUGAAGCUUUGGAUAAAGAUGGAAGUUUUUUAGAAGAAUUGAUUAUGAAUUAUGAUGGUAAAGUGCAUGGGGACAGAGAAGGUGGUUUUCUAAGUGAUGAAUUAUUUGUUGAUCUUGUUGAUGCACUGAAUAAAUAUAAUAUCAGUCGUAAACGUCGUCCUUUGAGAAGUCGUUACAGAACUGAUAGUGCUGCAAAUGAAGCAUCACAAGACAACACUACAAGCGAAUCAAGCAAUGAAGAUGCAGAUCCAGCGAAAGAGAAGGAAACCGCAGAUGCGGAUCAAAAUAAAAAUUCAGACUCGUCAUCUGCUUCUGGUACAAACACAUUUCCUGCAGAUGAAAUAUUUGAUGCUAUUGCUGAUUAUUUUCCUGAUAAAGGUUCAGGUGAAGAUUUAAAAGAUAAAUAUAAGGAGCUGACUGAAUUGAUGGAUCCCGAUGCACAACCUCCUGAAUGCACUCCCAAUAUCGAUGGUGCAAAUGCUAAAUCAGUACAAAGGGAGCAAGCAUUGCAUUCUUUUCAUGAAUUAUUUUGCAGACGCUGUUACAAAUAUGAUUGUUUUCAACACAGUCAUCUUUAUAGACCACCUAUUAAAACGAGUAAACGAAAAACUCAAGAUGUUAGAACACCUACAGAACCUUGUGGUGCUGAUUGUUUCCAACACCUUGAAGGUGCACAAGAUUAUCGUGAAAUGUCAGAGAAACCUCACAGACAUUUGCAGAGAGGAUUGUCAAAGAAGAAAUCUCAGCUCAAAGGAGAAGGAAGAAGUGGGAGCAGCAGUGGAAGUCGACCUAGUACCCCUGCCCCAAGUGAGAGUGAGAUGGAUACAGAUGCGACAGAUACUGAAAAACUACCUACAACACAAUCAAUGACAUCAUUUCUUGAACUGGUUCCUGAAAAUUUGACUAAAACUAUAUGGGAUGGAGCAGAGUCAACUCUGUAUCGGGUAUUAAGAACAAAUUACCCAAACAAUUUUUGUUCGAUUUCAAAACUUAUUAAAACUAAAUCUUGCCAAGAAGUUUAUGCCUUUGCAUUACUUGAAGCUACACGCUCGCAACAUGACAGCGGUUCACAACCUCAUCCACAUGAACAUGAUUUGAGAGAUUCAGCUUCUCCCAGAAAGAAAAAAAGGAAGCACAGACUUUGGUCUCUCCAUGCUAGAAGAAUACAACUGAAACGAGACUCGUCCAGCAAUCAUGUUUACAAUUACCAGCCUUGUAAUCAUCCAGGGCAGCCUUGCGACAGCAAUUGUCAAUGCAUUAUGGUUGGAAAUUUUUGCGAAAAGUAUUGCCAAUGUCCGUCUGAUUGUCAUAAUCGCUUUCCAGGAUGUCGUUGUAAAGCUCAAUGUAACACCAAGCAAUGCCCAUGUUAUCUUGCAGUGAGAGAGUGUGAUCCAGACCUCUGCUCUCUUUGUGGUGCUGACCAGCUUGGCACAAAUGCCAGCAAAUGUUCUUGUAAGAACGUUUCAAUACAAAGAGGCCUCCAUAAGCACCUACUUUUGGCUCCAUCUGAUGUUGCCGGAUGGGGAAUUUAUAUAAAAGAAGAUGUGCCCAACAAAAAUGAAUUCAUUUCUGAAUAUUGCGGAGAAAUUAUAUCUCAGGAUGAGGCAGAUCGUCGUGGAAAAGUUUACGAUAAAUACAUGUGUAGCUUUCUGUUUAAUCUCAAUAAUGAUUUUGUCGUGGAUGCCACUCGUAAAGGAAACAAAAUUAGAUUUGCCAAUCAUUCCGUUCAUCCUAAUUGCUAUGCUAAAGUGAUGAUGGUAAAUGGUGAUCAUCGUAUUGGAAUUUUCUCAAAUUGCCCGAUACAAGCAGGAGAGGAAUUGUUCUUCGACUACAGCUACAGUCAAUCUGAUGCAGUAAAAUAUGUUGGAAUAGAAAGAGAGAUGGAAGUAUCCUAAAACUAUUUGAGAAUCAUUAUAAUAGGCUACUACUGUAAAUAAGUAUUACAGUUAGGAUUUUUGUAGACUAUUCUGAUUGCUCACACUGCGAUUCACUUAUUCCAUUGAAUGCAAUUGAAAGCACUAGUAUGGAAUGUUUUCUUUACACAUAUUUAUUUUGUUUGACAUGGUCCCUAUUUCGCCAAUGCAUUAUUGCUGCAACUUUUCGUUUUAUAAAUUGAGGAUGCAGUAGACAUCCCCAGGGGCACAGUCAGGAUUUUGCAGCGUAGAGGGGGGGGGGCGUAGUCAGAAAUACCCAUGUAACGCAUGAGGAAACAAUUGAUGCGAUUAUGCUACUCAUUAAAAUUGUGGUUAACGUAUCUCGCGGUUGCAUCGUUUCACAUAGAAAUAACAUUGUAUUUGAACUCUACAAUACCAUGGCAAUCAGUGGAUAUAAAAAUGUGAUAUGAAUUCUACAAUUAGAUUUUACUUCGAUUCAUAUUUUUGCGACCACGCAAAUUCGUUAUUGCUGAUAAUAAAAUCACAAAAUCUGUGAUAAAAUUGCAGUACAGUUUAUGUUAGUACAAUAAAAAAUUGAUUGAACAUCAGUAUCAGCAUAAUCCAAAAAAAAUUGAGUGUGGCCCUGACGAUAAUUUAUGAACUGAUGGCAUGCAUAAUUGACUGUUUUAUCUUCAGUGACUAUGGUAUAGUUCCAACUUAUUAUAAUGUGUUCCAUGGCAACUCAGGCCCCGAAAACCCCCUGGCUGCACCACUGGACUCUGCUGUCUCUUUUGCAUCAUUUGCUGCUGAAACUUAUUCAUAAUUUCUUUAUUUAGCUACUGCAUUUUUUUGUUGUUGUGCCAGACAUUAUAAUCUAUAUGUUGUUUGAAUCUGCUUGUUGUGAUACCUUGUGACUGUCAUCAUAUUUUUAAAUCAUAAAAUCUAAAUGUUUGACCAAUACUGUUGUCUAUAAAAUAAAUGCACAUCACUUGAUUCCAGAAACCUUUAUGAUCAUCAUAGAAAUCCAGCAUAAUCAGAUUUAUUGGUUUAUUGAAACAUCUGUUCUAUAUCAAUUGCAAUGGUUUUGUACUUUUUAG